UCACUGAUGUGCACUAAUGAGGCUGUAGUGAUGGGCACGGAUAGGCUGCACUGAUGGACACUGAUAGGUGGCACUGAUGAGGAGGCACUGGUAGGUUGCACUGAUGGGCAUUGACAGGCAUCACUGAUGGGCACUAAAAGGCAGCACUGAUACAGGACACUGAUAUAUGGAACUGAUAGGCGGCACUGACUGGCAGCAUUGAUAGGUGGCACUGAUGGGUGACAUUGAAAGGCAGCUCAGAUGGGCACUAAUAUGUGGCAUUGAUGUGCACUGGUUGGCACUGAUGAGCACUGACAGGUGGCACUUCUGGGGCCACACUGAUUAUCAGGGCACACUGAUCAUCAGUGCCCUGAUGAUCAGUGUACAU